UUUUUAGAAAAACACCGGCCACCCCGAUAUCCACGUGACCCUUCACCCUAGAUGGCACCUUGUGUCCGCGCAUGACAAGGCAGACCAACGUGGGCACUGUCCAUUCGACCGGCAUCUCGUAUCGCUGUAAUGUCCGUAUGUUACUGGACCUAAGUCGUCUCCACUCCCUUUUGUGCUUGGUUCUACACCAUGUGUUCGUAUGGCUGCAGAACUGUCAGUGAUUACUGUGGGAUGAUGACAAUGAUGUAGAUAGGACAUGGGUCAAGGUCACUUAUGAAGAUUACCUGCUUGCAGUGUUUCAAAGAAAUAAAUAAACCUUCACUAAAUUCAAUUAAAGCUUAUCAUCAAUUACAACAAGCUUCAAAUAGGACAGUUAAUUGGUCUCUAAGAUCCUCGCUGUUGUCACCUUUAAGGAGAUGCUUGACAAAUGUAGCGGUGGAGUCCUCUAGAACACAAAAAAUUGUUGGAUAUUGGCUAAUGGGAUGUGCUGGCAUGUGCUUUGGUGCUGUUGUGCUUGGAGGUGUGACAAGAUUAACAGAGUCUGGACUUUCUAUGGUCGACUGGCGGCUGAUAAAAGACAUGAAGCCACCAAAGUCUGAAGCUGAAUGGCUGGAAGAAUUUGAAAAAUAUAAACAGUAUCCAGAGUACAAAUACAUGGAGAAAGAGAUGACAUUGUCAGAUUUCAAAUUUAUCUAUUACAUGGAGUGGGGUCACAGGAUGUGGGGAAGGACCACAGGUGUGGCUUUUUUCUUACCUGCCUUAUACUUCUUAAAGAAAGGCUGGAUAUCAAAAUCCCUGAAGCCAAGACUUGCAGUUUAUGGAGGUCUUCUUGCUUUUCAGGGAUUUUUGGGUUGGUACAUGGUGAAGAGUGGAUUGGAAGAAAAGUCUGGUCCCAAUGAUGUUCCUAGAGUCAGCCAUUACAGACUGGCAGCACACCUUGGCUCAGCUUUUAUUUUGUACACCCUGUUUUUGUGGCAGGGACUUUCACAUCUGUUAACACCUGUAAAGCUCCCAGAUGUAAGAAGUGUUGCCAAACUACGGGGCAUGGCUCAUGGUGUAAUGACAGCUGUUUUUGUGACUGCCAUGUCAGGGGCUUUUGUGGCUGGUCUUGAUGCUGGACUGACCUAUAACUCAUAUCCUAAGAUGGCUGAUAAAUGGUUUCCUGAUGACAUGUGGUCGCUUUCCCCAAAGUGGAAAAAUGUUUUUGAGAAUCCAACCUUUGUACAGUUUAAUCACAGACAUUUGGCUGAGCUGACAGUCUGUUUCAUCACAGGGUUUUGGUGGGUGUCUAGGAAAGCACCACUUCAUCCUAGAGCCCGUUUAGCUGUUACCUGUCUCUUGGGUAUGGCCUUUGGGCAGGCUGCCCUUGGUAUCACAACGUUGUUGACCUAUGUUCCUACAUCAAUUGCUGCCACCCACCAGUCUGGGUCACUGGUCCUACUGAGUCUGGCGGUUUGGGUAGCUCAUGAGCUGAGACGUAUGCCCAAAUAGUUAUCUUGUCACAGGUCACCAUACCCAAGAAGUCAGUAUUGAGCUGCUGUUUCGCUCUCAAGUACUUAAAAUAUUUGGUUAAUGACACAGCCCUUGUACACUUUUUCCCCCCUUUUUCUCAAAUCUAAUUUGUAAUCAGAAGUAUUAAUGAAUUUUAACUAUGUAUCAUUGAAUUGCAUGUAAUAAAUUUUUUGUUUUAAAUUAGCCAUUGGCCUAACGAGAAAAGAUCUAAAAAAAAAAUAAUAUUUUUAAAAAAUAUUAUUUGACUGUUACUUGAUGAACAAAAUGUUUUGUCUGAAUAAAUUAUAAGACUUA